GUGACGUAAUAGCUGCGUGCAUAGCGGGUUACAUCACAAAGCUCUCCGGUAGUUCCGUCCGUCGCUGAGGUUUAUAAAAGCGCGGAGUUCCGCUGGAACUUGAAGACGACUCAGGCGCGAUGUCUGCUCUGGACGAAAGCGGGUCCAAACUGUUGAGGAAGGCCAAGGAGAACCCCUUCGUCCCCGCGGGACUGGCAGGAUUCUGUGCCAUCGCCGGCUACAGACUAUGGAAGCUGAAGGACCGUGGAAACACCAAGAUGUCCAUCCACCUCAUCCACACACGUGUCGCCGCGCAGGGCUUUGUGGUGGGAUCCAUCAUCGUUGGAGUCUUGUAUUCCAUGUACAGAGAUUACGUGGUGAAACCCCGAGAAGCAGCAGCAGCGCUGAAGAACAAGGGGACAUGAAGCCCUGAUAACGUCGCCGUGUAGCCUAUUUAUUUCUACAGCAGCUCACCUCCCUGUCAGUAAUUCACUUGCUAGAGAUCACCGCCUGAGCCAACAGCCGCGCCUGGACGCGGGGAGCGCGCCGACCGUAAUGACACUGAAACUGUGUGUGCAGUGAAACAUUUCCCGUCUAAUGUACCAGAUGCGUUUCCCCUGACCACUGGUUUAAGGGUUUGGUUCAGCUGGAGGGGCCGUGAAAGUCCUGUUUGUCUGUGGUGACCGUAGAAAACAGUUCUGUGGGAACCCACGGAGCGUGUUGGUCGCGCCGCGUCUGUCUCCACCCAUGUCCUGCUGUUGGCCUCAGGCUCUCAGAAUCCACUGCUCUUCACUGGUUUUGUAAUAAAACAGCUUUGGAAUUA